AUGUUAUGCACACUUCCUAACUUGACUUGCCCACAUUUGGUUCAGAUAAAACUACAUGCUAGCCACCUUGAGCGUCGUGAUCCGCCCCUUCAGCAGUGCGACAAAGCUACUGCUUUGCGCCUCUUUCGGGCACCUAGUGAGGCGGCCAAAGAGGUCUGGCUAUCUGCUCUCCUCUCCGCUGUCGCCCAAGUCUCCCCAUCCGGCCGAAAGCAACAGAACAUGUAUCAGGCCAGCCACUAUGCCCAAGUUCGAACCCAGCAGAAUCAGUUAUGCCAAUCCGCUCAGACUCAAUCGCCAGUGUGUCAGGCCUCGACAGUUGAUCUUACGACACUAACGCCUCCUGUAACUUUUGGAUCCACUUGGGCACAGAUUGGUAAGUUUUUCGCUCAUAAUUGCACUUUUGCAUAA